CCGUUCCCUCCCCCUUCUCCUGUGGGACAACCAGGGACCACAGCUCCCCGCUCCCCAGGUGUGGGGGCUCCGACACGAACGCCUCUGCUCGCAGGGCGGUGAGCGCAGAUCCCACGGGUCCCUCGGUCGGGGUUCAAGGCUGCUUCCGUUUCCAUCCCGGACCCGACAAUGGGCGGGAAAAAGAAGACUUUACACCACUACGCGGCGGAGUUCACCGACCUGUUGGUGAAGCAGCACCUGAUUGAGCACAGUGACUCUGGGGACACGUCUGUGGUGGAGACCCUUUACUGCAGGGCCUGCGAGCGAGCUGUCUAUGCGCGUGCGGAGGGACCGCACCCUGGAACACCUGUCCUCGGGCAGGCACUACAGGAACCGCAGACUCAUCCAACAGCACGGCCUGCGGACGCCCAUUCUCAUCUCAACCGCCUCGGAUCUCGCUGCCACCGGCCUUCCUGCACACCCGUGCCACCCGCCCUUGCCCCGUCAGCCUCAGCCUCGGCUCAUUCAGGCAGUCCCAGUAUUGGCACGGUACCUCCUCCCGCUGUGGGCCACACGUCUCUGCUCCCUGUCAACCCUACUGCCAUCAGCACCACCACCAGCGACUUGUCUGCCCAGGAGGGUGCAACACCAUCUACCUCCACCGGCCACCUUUCGGUGUUUCCAGCUUUCCAAAUAAAGACACCAGCAGUGCCCUCAGAGCAGACCAGCCAGAGAUUUUCUGAAGCUUCCCACAGGGUGCUCCCCGGAGGAGGCCUGAGAUGCUCUCAUGACUUUGGAGCCGGGGUGGCUGGCCACCUUGGCCUGGCCAUGUUUGGGGUGGGCUUCGGGAGCCUGGCACUGCUGCAGAGUGUGGUGGAUGAGAACAGCUGCUGCUUGCUGUACGUGGUGGAGGACCAGCUGUGUGACGUGGAGCGAGCCUUCAGAGCUGAGCAUUUGGCCAACACCAGAGUUGUUCGGGAACAGGAUGCAGACAUUGUCCUCAACGACCAGCGGCGCUUUGAUCCGGCUUUCCAGUUCUUGCACAAGCAAGUUUGUGUCAGCCACGCCCUGCAGAGGAUCCACUGGAUCACCGCCAUCAGCAGCCUGUUCCCAGCGGCCUCUCUGGCUUCCCUAAAGAGGGCAGUAGCUUCCCUCGAGACCAGAAGCCAGAGCUCACCCUCCCUUGUGUCCAGGUGGGGUUUUCUACAAUGCUGCUGUGCACGAUGUGGAUGCCGUAUGCAUGUUGCUGGGGGAAGCCACUCCGGACACUGUGUUUUCUCUGGAACAUGCCUUCUGCCCAGUUUUCUUCUGCUUAGAUAUGGCCGCCUUAAAAGAUGCAGACACUGUUGGGAUCAGCAUGAAGUUUCCCUGUGAGGCUGUGGUCAGCGUGGACGUCAGCCAGCACUGCACAGACAGCUGCGACCAGGACAUCAGCCAGCACUGCACAGACAGCUGCGACCAGGACAUCAGCUAGCACUGCACAGACAGCUGCGGCCAGGACGUCAGCCAGCACUGCACAGACAGCUUCGGCCAGGACGUCAGCCAGCACUGCACAGACAGCUGCGGCCAGGACGUCAGCCAGCACUGCACAGACAGCUGCGGCCAGGACGUCAGCCAGCACUGCACAGACAGCUGCGACCAGAGACUGGAGGUGACCCCUGCCCUUUUCCACCCUUCGCCAGUCCACUGUGAAAAGCUGGGUUGAUUGUGUGGCUUAGAUAGAGGUCAUCAGCUGGGUUGAUUGUGUGGGUAAGAUAGAAGUCAUAAGCCAGGUUGAUUGUGUGGGUUAGACAGAGGUCAUCAGCCGGGUUGAUUGUGUGGGUUAGAUAGAGGUCAUCAGCCGGGUUGAUUCUAUGGGUAAGAUAGAGGUCAUCAGCUGGGUUAAUUCUAUGGGUAAGAUAGAGGUCAUCAGCCGGGUUGAUUGUGUGGGUUAGAUAGAGAUCAUCAGCUGGGUUGAUUGUGUGAGUUAGAUAGAGGUCAUCAGCCGGGUUGAUUGUACAAGUUAGAUAGAGGUCAUCAGCUGGGUUGAUUCCUCAGGUUAGAUAGAGGUCAUCAGCUGGGUUGAUUCCGCAGGUUAGAUAGAGGUCAUCAGCUGGGUUGAUUGUGUGGGUUAGAUAGAGGUCGUCACCUGGCCACCCUCAGCUAGGUUGAUUCCGCAGGUUAGAUAGAGGUCAUCAGCUGGGUUGAUUGUGUGGGUUAGAUAGAGGUCGUCACCUGGCCACCCUCAGCUGGGUUGAUUGUACGGGUUAGAUAGAGGUCAUUAGCUGGGUGCGUGGAUCCCAAAGCGCGCUGCAGAUGGAGAAUCAGAAUCCCUUGGGCAUCACCGGGCGGGGCAUGUCCCUGUCCCUCGGCUCCCAGACCCCGGCUAGCUGCCACCAGGACUCAUAUCGAGAGCUCUUCAGACACUUUGUCAGAACGCUUAAAGGUGGGUGCCAUUCUCAGGAGGAGCCUGGGAUGUCCUGAUGCUCAAUGGGUAGAUGCCUUCCAGGCUGCAGUCAGUGCAGAUGAUAUGCCAAUUUCAGGUGGAAAAUUGCAUUCCAGAUACCGGGUUCAGAUUUGAAAUUGUCCAUCUCAGUGAUCAUUUAUGUUGCGUGCACUUGAGGGAAAUUCUGAGAGAUGCUACUUUGGGGUUCUGUGCAUGUACCAUGUUGCCUGACACGUCCUAAGAAAUCUUCUUAAACUCUGAGUUAGCCGGGCGCGGUGGCUCAUGCUUGUAAUCCCAGCACUUUGGGAGGCUGAGGCGGGCGGAUCACGAGGUCAGGAGAUCGAGACCACGGUGAAACCCUGUCUCUACUAAAAAUACAAAAAAAUUAGCUGGGCGUGGUGGAGGGCACCUGUAGUCCCAGCUACUUGGAGAGGCUGAGGCAGGAGAAUGGCGUGAACCCGGGAGGCGGAGCUUGCAGUGAGCCGAGAUUGCGCCACUGCACUCCAGCCUGGGCGACAGAGCGAGACUCUGUCUCAAAAAAAAAAAAAACCAAAAAAAACCAAAAAAACCUCUGAGUUUAUAAAAUGAUAACUACUUCUGAACUCCUGAGAUCUAGUGGAUACCACGUUUCCUGGAAGAUAAGACACCUUCUACCCUCUGUCAGUCCUGGGGGUGACUGGGAACCAGAGAGGUUGAGCAGAAUUCCUGGACCUGGGUAGGGCUUGUCCAAGAGGGGCAGGUGGGCCUCUCUAGGACCAGUGUCCCACCCAGAGGCCAGUGGCCCCUUCACAUGCCCCAACAAGAGGAAGACUGGCUCUGAUGUGUUGGGUUUUGUCCUGAAUCUGCAAAUGUGCAGGGAAAGACCUCCUGAAAUCACCAAAGAGUAGUUCCUCAGGGCCUUCCGGGUGGCCAUGGCCGCGGAGCAGUCGUGGUAGAACCGGUCAGCUGUGGACCUGCCCUGCGAAUCGGCAGAGGCCUCCGUGGUGAAUACAGAAGCUCCAUGAACCAACCCGAGGCUGAAGCCAAGAUCCUGCCCGAUAUCCAGUUGCUUGUUUCACUUGUCGCUGUUACUGAGAGAGGGAGACAGAACCUCACGGCGGUCUUGUCCUCACUGGAGACUCAGAAGGGGAAGAAUUGGGAAACCAUGUAUGUUUCAUUUCUGGUGUAACCAGGCUUUUCAGAAUGUGACUUCAGACCAAGGACACAAGUUGGGCUUGCUUAGCUGUUUUGUGUUGCGUGCAGGCUGAAGAGAUGCUCUUCCAGUCAGAGUUCCCUUGGCAGGGCCUCGGAGGCCUCUGGUUGGCUCUCUCAGGAAGAGGGCAGGUCAGGGAUUGGAUGGUGUAAAUUGACCCAGAAACCUGCAGUUUCAGCUUUCUGUGGCAAACAGGGCCGAGGGCUGGUGAAGCUGUUAAGACUAAAUGUCGCAUGCAUGAGGCAGGCUGCAGGCCUCCUUAGGCCUUUUUUGGGGUAAUUACACCAGUAUUUAAAAACACUUUUUUGUUUGUUUGUUUUGAGACGGAGUCUUGCCCUGUCACCCAGGCUGGAGUGCAAUGGUGCGAUCUCGGCUCACUGCAACCUCCAUCUCCCGGGUUCAAGCGAUUUUUCUGCCUCAGCCUUCUGAGUAGCUGGGAUUACAUGCGUGUGCCACCACGCUCGGCUAAUUUUUGUAUUUUUAGUAGAGACGGGGUUUCACCAUGUUGGCCAGGCUGGUCUCGAACUACUGACCUCGUGAUCCACCUGCCACGGCCUCCCAAAGCGUUGGGAUUACAGGCAUGAGCCACCAUGCUUGGCCUAAAAAACAAUUUUCUUGAAGAAUCUGAUUUUGUGCAUAGUAAUGACACAGCACCAUUCCUGAGAAAUAGGAAAUAUAUGUGUGUGGUAUGAAAAGCCCAUAUUCUGUUCUUGUCGCCUGAAUCUAGGCUUCCUCUUUGGAUGUGAACGCGGGAAUGAACAGUGGCUGUUUUCCACCCAAAGGGGCAUGGAGACCUUUUGGAAACGGGCCUUCUCCUUUCCAUUUUGCAGCCAGGGGCAGGUGGAAACCUUCCUUCGAAGGGUAGUGCCUUGGGGAGCAGCAGACCUGCUCUGAGUCCAGCUUAGCUUUCCAAAAUUCUGUGUGGAACUUACUGGAGAUGUUUUUAUAUAUUUGAAAAUAAUGGCCUGUAUUUCUCAUGCUAUACUUAAAAAAAAAAAACUAACCUUUUAAACGAAGAUAUUCAAACUCAGCCUUGUGCUGAAAGUGCUCAUGUUUCAGUGUUCAUUCCUGAAAGGGCGUUUUAGAGUCCCCAUUUCUACGUUCUUUGUGGCACCCUCUUGCCAAGGGAACAUCCAGAAUCCCUCCACUUCCUGUCUAGUUUGAGGCCUCAACACCUUCAUGAUCCAGAGUUCUGUGGCUGUGAGGGGGUGGGCCUGCCGCCGCCCAGCCCUCCUUGGUGGUCGUGGGGACAGGUAGGAGCCUAGGGAAAGGGGUGAGCAGGCUCUGGUGUGACGGCGUGAGCGCUAGUCAGGAAGGUGGGGCCAGGGCCGGGCAUGGCGCCUCACUUGCAUCUCACCUGUUGGGGAACUUCGCGGAGCUUCCUGGCAGCAUCUCCCCCUCUUGCCCUGGUCCUUUCUGUCUUUGUUUUAGGCCAAUUUCUAAAAAGACUGAGGCCUCCUUCAAGGUUGAACAGAUUUCUAGAGCCUUGUUUUUGCUGUGACAGGUCCCUAGUCCCUGUUCACAACUCUGAAACCAGGAAACCUGAGAACCAAGAGAACUGAAAGGAAGCCCGUUGGUCUCAGCCUGGCUUGAGCCAACACGAGGCUCUCUGCUGCCUUUUGUUUUCUUAGGUUUUGCUGAGAAAUGGGAGUGCGUUCUGUGUGGGUGUUUGUGACACCUUGAGACCCUGCUUGGCCUAGCUAAAGUCCGGAAAGCCUGGGCCCCACAGGGCUUGGAUGAGGGCUCAUGAGCCUGUACUUCAGGAGGCCUGAGAGGCCCGGUCAGUCCCAUGAGGCUACACAGCUUGGCCCGCAGGUCCUCUGAGGCACAGGGCAGAGGGACACCCCAGGGACCCAUCAGACUCACGACACGGAGAAACUCAAGUGGGGUGCCAGGGCCGGCCACAGAGGCCACAGGCUUCCUGCCUGUGAGAAGCCACCCUGUUCGAGCCCUUCGGAGAUUUAGGUUUAGUCAUGAGAACCCGUCAUUGGAACAUACACUUUAUUAUGUUACAAAAACAAAAAUCCCCACCGAAACACAGCUAAAAAAAUAACACAUUUUCCAAGAUUACAUUACCAAAAACAGUUGUUAUGUCAUUGGAGGGUGUCCAUUAAUACUGCUCGGAGAAGCACGAUCCUACACGAAAAACAUGGAUGGGAUUUCGUUUUCACCUUAAAGCAUUAAAGUGCUUUAACUGGUAACAGAGGAGUGGAUGUUUGUGCGUUGGAGACACUGACUGUUCCGAGUGACAAGUGGCUCUGUGCCAGGAUACUGCGGGUCGGGCUCCUGGGUACAGCAAGGGCUUCCCAGCAGCCCAGGCCUGAUGGGAACGCUGGGGGAAUGGGGGAGAGUUGCUGUUUCUGACCAAGCAACUUGGACAGAUGUGAGCUGACCUGCCUGGCGAGUGCCUUCUGCCUUGCCUCUCUGAGCAGACUCAAGACCACUGCCCGUCCCCCUUGGCCCCAGGAGUGCCAGCAGCCUCCCUCCCACCCCUGCACUGCUGGGAAAACCAUCUGCCUUCAAGAUUUAUUUGUUGAUUUGUUUAGUUUUAUAAAAACACAUUGCUUAAAGGAUUCUUGUUCCUGGGAAUUUGCAUUUUCUCCUGACCACAGCGAAGUCUCAACUCUGUUUACUUUCACAGCUGCUUCUCCAGCGCAAGGAGGCUGCACCGGCUCCCUGGACAAGUGCAGCUGGGGCCAUCUGGCUGCUCCGUGUUCCGGCCGGCUUCCUUGGACGUCUGGCUGGGGUUCCAGUGACAGCUGCCCCUGGGCGUCUCCCUGCUCUGUGCCACCCACCCCCCCACCCCAGCCCUUCCCAGGAGCACACUGCAGGGGCUCUUGGGAUAGUCUCACUGGACUCAGGGUGGACAGGUAACGUGCCUAAGAAACAAAUCGACAAGCCCCCUGGAAUUGAAGCGCAUCUGCGCUGGGCUCAGGAACCCCGGGUGUUGGGAUGGGCCCCCGCGGCUCCUGAAGUGGAACAUGGGGGCAGAGUGGGGGCUUCAGGAGGUGGCCUCGGGUAGCAGGUGCCCAGCCCCCAAGAGAUAGGCGUGGUGCCUGGGGCAUGGGUCUUAGCCUUUCUGGCCUCAGCUUCCUCAUCUACGAAAUGGCAAUAAGAUGGAGAGCUGAGGUGACAUGCAGCUGGGGUGGCUGCGCCAUCCUGGGAAAGCCCUGAGUCUGCUACUGCCGCCGCUACUGACUGAUACCCUGGGCAUGGGCACCUUUCUAGGGAGAUGGAACCCUAGAAGCUAGGCAGCCAGAGCUUCCUGCCCUUCAGCUGGAAGGAGCUGGAAGGAAGGGCCAGGCCCUUGUCCUGGCUGCAGCCAGAUCCCCUGAGAGCCGACAGCCCCGUUCCUGCUGCCCCCACAAGCGUGCACCCAGGCGGCUGUGCUGUCAGCGGCCCCCGGAGAGGUGGACAGUGGGAGAGGGACGCCUGCGUCUUUGUAGACCAGGCACCUGCGGCAACACCAGUUGCUGCUUUUAAAUAAGGGGAGGCUGGUGACGGUGAUGCCACGUAGCAAGAUGGAGUCCUGAUCUGGGGAUGGGGGCUGUUUCUAACCUUGCUGUGCCCUGGGGGGCUUAACUGCUUGUUCUGGGGGAUGUUAGUGGGGGAAGCUCCUAGCCCUUAGGAGCUGAUGCCACACAUACCCCAGGCAGGGGGUGUGGAGCUGGCCGCGUUGGAAGGGGCCAGGCAGCCUGCACUCUGGGUGGUGUCUCGGCUUGCGUGGGUGAGGGCUCCCAUUGGCCCACCUGCCCGGAAUGAAGGGCCUCGUCACACCUGUCAGGCUCCCCGGGGGCUCCAGUUCCCUGCCCUGAAGCUGUGCUCUGGGACAGUCAGGCUCCGGCCACUGAGGCUCAGGCUGCUCCUCGUGGAUGGAGGUGGCCCCAGAAAGGGCCUGUGCAGACGCUGUCUCCCCGGGGCCCACUAACUCCCUGGGGUGCUCCACGAAGGCCUAGACCCCCCUGCACCUACCUCAGUCUGUUCCCUGACUGCCACAGCCUAGAAAGGAAAGCAAUGCCCUCUGGCCCUCGCAGUGGUAGAGAAGGUGCCCCCGGCAAGGGAGGAGCUGCCCCCACGGCAGAGCGUUCCUGCGCAUUUGCCUGGAUUUGCCCUUCCCCGCGUUCCCUCUAGGCUUCCUCCCCACCCGGCCUUCCUGGGGAUGAGUCCCGCCCACCUGGCUUCUCACUCAGCUUCCUCAGCCCGGCUCAUGGGCGCUAGGUUGAACUCCAAAGAGAAUGCUGAGAAAGUAAGUUGAAAAAAAAAAAAAAAAAAAAAAUGACCCACCGUGUAGAAAAGGGUAUCAUUUUAUCAAAUAUUGACAAUUUCCAGUCCUCUGAGGACAGGCUGUCCCUUUCUGCUGAGGAGUCCCCAAGGAGAGGCGACUGUGGCCAGGCUGAGGGGCACUGGCUGAGGCAGUACCAGAUGCUUCCCCGCGCCUGGGAGGGGUUGCGCCCUCCCCAGUUUUCUCCAAUUUCAGCAACACUGUGGUUGUUGUUAGGGGCAGGAAGGAGGCGGUCCUGCAGAAUACAGUGUGCUGGGGGCAGAGGCCAGUCCCAAGUCCAGCAGAGAGAGUCCCCAGCCCCCGGCACGGGCAAGAUGCAGUUAGGGAUAUUCCCUGAAAAUACAUUGGUGUUUCAGACACA